AUUUAACAGAUGUCUACCAUGUUAUUAAUCGAAACGAUCAGGAGGCAAGAAAAGAAGAUAGAUGAUUUGAGAUCUCAAAUAAAACGAAGCGAGAGUGUUCGAAAGAGCAAUAGAACGACGCGUAGUGUGAAAAGUGAAUAUUUACAAUGCAAGAGUUCUAAUAAGACAGUUGUAAAGCCCGCCCAAAAGAUGAAGGAGAAAGAUCAAACCAUUAAUAUUCUGACUGAGAGACUGAAUCGAGCAUUUGAAGUGGAGAAUGAAGUAUUAUAUGUAACAAAAUGCAAAGAUGAAACAUAAACUCCAAAAGCAAAAAGUCUUGUUUAAGUGUCUCUAUAAUGAAUUAUAAUGCGAGGUGUAAAAUUUGAAAUGUGAGAUCCAACGGUUGGCCACGCCCUAAAAAUAUAAAAAAGCUCUUUACUUUUGA